AUGGCACAGCCCAAUCCAAAAUGCGACGACGAAAGUCGCGUUCAGGAUGACGCUGAUGCUGAGCACCACUUCAAUGUUUUCAAUCAGCCCAAACGACUGCCCGCAUGGCUCGAUCACUUCAACGCGAAAGACCUCAAGGUCCUAUUCAAAUGCUCCUUGGCAGUUUGGAUCCUUACUCUCUUCAUUUUCAUUAAAGCCACGUUGGCUGUCAUCGGGCAGGCUGUCUUCUUCGGAUGUAUCGUUCUCUUCAUGAUGCCGCCAUCUGGCGUUGUCCUCAUCCAUAUCCUGAGCGGCCUGAUGAUCUGCGUUGGUCUUGCAAUAGGGUGGGCUUGGGGUACGAUCACGAUGAAAGCCGCGCUGGCUACACGGCCCCAAGCAGACUUGAUGAGGCAGUUUCAGGAAUUGCAACAGUCGCCGAACGCGAGAGAACCCAACUUUUUGCAAAUCGCCAUAUUCGAGGGUCGUCUGCUUGACGUACGAGUCACGGCAACAUACUUCUGCAUGAUGGGGUUGUUUGUCUAUCUAAUGGCUCGUAUCCGAGUCGCCGCGCCAAACAUGACACUGGUCGGCAUCUUCGCCCUCAUCACCGCCGAUAUCUACCUCACGAGUGCUCCCACGAUCCCGACAUUCCAAGGAACGAUCCCCAAGAGCAUGCUGAUCCCGGUUGGAAUUGCCGUGGGUAUUGGUGCAUUCUGCAAUAUUGCCAUAUUCCCGCAGUCUACGUCAGAAAUCGUGCUGGACGGUAUGGCGGACCUGGUGAGCCCCAUGAAGGGUUUCGUCAAGGCCCUGACUUGGCAGCUCGCAAACCGCCAGAGCCGAUUUAGUUUGGAUCGACUGUUGCAGUUGAAGAGUCAACUAGCGAUGGCGCACAAGAGUCUUGGGUCGUCCGUCGGAUUCCUGGCCUUGGACUUUUCUUUCCGUAAAUGGAGUCCUGAGGAUGUUAAGUCCCUACAGGACCCGCUCCGACAGGUUUCUGUUGCCUUCAACGGACUUUUGCAGCUGUUUGUUACCAUGGAAGAGAAGAGUCUCAAAGCCAGUGCUCUCACCGAAGCUGCCAUGGCUCUCGAGGACCAAAAGGACUCUGGUAACAAACAGCGCCCGCUCGCUUAUCACAUCGCCAGAGCAAUCGAUCUCCGCGACAGUGUCAAACAUCCAGACACGGAAAAAAUGCUGGAAAGGACGUUAGAUGUAAUAUCAUCAACCGCCCAGCCUUUGUUGGGUGCGUUGGGUCAAGCUCUGGACGCCAUCGUGUCUGCACUCCAAGGAGUGUCGACAUCAUCGGCCGACUUGGAGCGCCAGCAAACGCUGGAUUUGCUGAACGAGGCACUGAUCGACUUUGAAGCAUCCACUCAGCAGCUUACGGCCCUGCACUCACAUCUAUUCGACGCCGAUGGUAGAGUUAUUUACGACCAGAAUGGUCAGGUGCCUCCGCUAUACGGUCUGAUGACGGGACUUUUACUGCAAGAGAGACUCAUCAGCCUAUCCCGGAAGACCGCGACGAUGCUCGAAACAGUAAUCAAGAUCGACCAGUCCCGACCUCGAAAAAGCCUUUGGUUGCCAAAGGGGUUGCAACGCCUUUUUGGUCUGGGUCUAUCCCAAACUGAAACUCCGAGCACAACACAGGGAGCAGUGGACUUGGCUCGAACCAUGUCCACAGUCUCACGACCGGAGAAGAAGUCUCGACUUUUUAGUAGAAAGAAGAAGACCAAAGAGAAGACCGACGACCCCAACACGGCGGCCGAACUCAUCAAGAGCAUGAGGAACCCUACGAGCCGAACGAGAAGCAAGCCAAGCAUGAUUUUCCUGGGCCUAAUUCACUGGUUCACUGACGUCGAAGGCAUCCACGCUUUACGCACACUGGUGGUGACCAUCGCUUUGGCACUGCCGGCCGUCAUCCCAUCAUCUGCGGGCUUUUAUUACCGCGAAAAGGGAUUCUGGGCCAUGGUAAUGGGCCAACUUGCUAUCGAGCCGUACAUGUCAGACUUGCUGUCUGGAAUCAUCAUCCGAACACUCAGCACAGUGGCGGGUGGCAUAAUUGGACUAGUCUGCUGGUAUAUCGGUGCUGGUUCUGGCCCAGGCAAUCCAUACGGCCUCGCUGCUGUGAUGGCUGUGCUGAUCAUCCCUCUCAUGUGGUGGAGGCUUUUCACGCCACCAGAGCACUUAGCCGCGGGCAUCAUGCUUGCCGCCACUGCAUACAUGGUUGUUGCAUACAGUUGGAUCGACUCGCAUGUGCCGACCUACGGCAACCCCGGUGUUGGGUAUCAGAUCUUCUGGCGGCGAGUUCUUCUCGUUCUUGUUGGAAACGCUAGCGCAAUGCUCAUUGGGCUAUUCCCCCGGCCAAUGACUGGAAGUCGGCAGUAUCGACAUAUUCUGUCCACAUCUUUACUGGGGGUAAAGGACCGCUAUGCUCUGCUGGUGUCGACUUGGCGCAUGCCUCCUGAGGAUCUCGUCCAAUUCAUCGAGAAGGAGACAGCCAUGUGCGAUGGAAUCUUGGACGCCAUUGGUCGGCCUAUAGAACUUACCAAGUUCGAGUUCUCUACUUCCAACAUCGACACUGAGACGCUUCGGAGGGCGACAUACCUAUGUAGGAGCAUCAACGCAAGUUUGGCAGAGCUCGGUCUCUACAUGAACGAGCUGCCACUUCCGCUCCGGGCUCGACUCAUGUCUUCCAUGAGUAUCGACGAUGAGAAUCUGGUUGUGGAUCUAAUGUCAACACUAUCACUUGUCCAACAGUCUUUAGAUUCGGGCGAGCCAUUGCCUGCCCUAUUGCCAACGCCUCUGAUAAGCAGAGCUCUCAGGGCUAGAGAACUUCAACGGGCAAAACAGGAUGACUUGAAUGUCCGAGAGCAGCUUGAAGGCCACGAGGGCAGGCAGUUGAUUGGGGCCAUCAACGCCUUCACACGCUUCCUUGGCGCGGUUGAUGAUCUCGUGAUGGUGACUAAGAAGGCAGUCGGAGAGACAUCUCAUGUCGACUUGGAAAUAUUUGGAAAGGGCGUAUAA